AUGGAGCGGCAGCUGCGGGAGCUGCGGCUGCAGGAGGAGCGCGACUUCCUGCAGUGCGUGGCGCGGGGCUCGAGCGAUGCCAGGGCACUGCUGGACGCGGAGCCACCCCCGGGCUGGCCGCACCGUCGGGGCACCGCCAUCGUUCCUGAGCCCCUCACCAGCGACGCCCUGCUCCAGCUGCCCGGUAGCCCCCCAUCACAGAGGGACCUCAGCCUGAUCGCAGAGGCCAUGGGACGCAGCGACUUCCUGCGGCGUCUGGGCGAGGGCUGCCCCGAGGCGCUGGCCCAGAGCUUCGUCCCCGUUCAGCACGGCCCCGGGGACACGGUGCUGGCCGAGGGCGACGAGGGCACCGCCAUGUACAUCGUGGCAGAGGGGCAGCUGAGCGUGACGCAGCGGGGCCGGCAGCUCCGCACGCUGGGGCCGGGUGAUGUCUUCGAGCUGGCCAUCCUGUACCACUGCAAGCGCACCGCCACCGUGCAGGCGCUCAGCCCUGUGCGCCUCUGGGCCAUCGACCGGCAGCGGUACCGCGCCAUCACCACCAGCAGCGCCAAGCAGCGGCGGGCCAAGAUCCUGGACUCCCUGCGAACGGUGCACUGGCUGCAGGACCUGUCCAACAGCCACCUCUCCAAGCUGCUCGACGCCAUGGAGGAGUGCUCCUUCGCACCCGGCCACGUCAUCAUCCGCGAGGGGGACAAGGGGGAGAGCUUCUACAUCAUCCUGAAGGGCCAGGUGCGGGUGAGCCGGCGGGUGGACGGGCAGGAGAAGCUGCUGCGCGUGCUGGGCGCCGGCGAGCACUUCGGGGAGCUCUCGCUGCUGGAGAACAUCCGCCGGACAGCGACGUGCCAGGCGCAGGGACAUGUCACCUGCAUCACGGUGGCCAAGGAAGACUUCCUGGAGAUCAUCCCCUUCUGCCCCAGGCACGACUCAGACGCAAACGCGGCUGCGACAGAGGUGCCGGCCCCUGCGGACCCCAGGCGGGGCUGGGGGUCCCCGAGCCUGCGGCAGCUGACCCCAGCGGUGCGGCUGGAGGACCUGGUGGCCGUGCGCUACGAGGAGGGGCAGAAGCAGGGGCAGCGCGUCGUCCUGGGCACCGGCGGCUUUGGCAGGGUCGAGCUGGUGCGGUGCCGCGAGCAGCUCUUCGCGCUGAAGCGGAUCCGCAAGGACUGGGUGGUGCGGACGCAGCAGCAGGAGCACGUGCGCACGGAGCGGCGGGUGCUGGCCCAGAGCCACUGCCCCUUUGUCGUGGGGUUUUUUGGCACCUUCCGGGACAGGCAGCACGUCUACCUGCUGCUGGAGUUCUGCCAGGGCGGCGAGCUGUGGACCAAGCUGCGCGAGGUGCGCUACUUUGAGGAGCCGCUGGCCGUGUUCUGCUCCGCCUGCGUGGUGGAGGGCCUGGAGUACCUGCACAGCCACGGCAUCGUCUACCGCGACCUGAAGCCCGAGAACCUCAUGCUGGACAAGCAGGGCUACGUCAAGCUGGUGGACUUCGGCUUCGCCAAGGAGCUGGAGCGCGGGGAGAAGACCUACUCCUUCUGCGGGACGCCCGAGUACCUGGCGCCUGAGAUGCUGCGCCACGAGGGCCACGACUUCGCGGUCGACUUCUGGAUGCUGGGCAUCCUCAUCUUCGAGAUGCUGGUGGGGAGGGCCCCCUUCCACAGUGCUGACCCCCAGAAGAUCUACAGCCGCAUCCUGGACGGCAUCUUCUCCUUCCCUGCUUUCCUCAGCGAGGCCGCCUGCUCCCUCAUUGCCAAGCUCUGCAGGCGCCGUCCGGGGCAGCGCCUGGGGAACACGGCCACCGGCAUCCGUGGCAUCAAGAAGCACAGGUGGUUUGGGACCCUCAAGUGGAAGAAGCUCGCCCUGCAGCAGCUGGAGGCGCCCACCCUGUGGCUCAUCAAGCAGGGCCCUCCCUACACCAACUUCAAGCGGUUCUCGGUCGACCGGACGCCGGCAAUGGACGAGCUCUCGGGGUGGGAUGAGGAUUUCUGAUGGCAGCCGGACCCCCGGCCUGGGCACCCCCCACCCCCCAGCUG